AGUAGUGGCAUUGUGACAACCUCAAACUCCUCAGCUGAAAAUCUUCAACCCCCAACAAACCUUUAUCCUCACUCAUUCGCCGGCCACCACCUCCGCCACCGCUUACGGCAGCUCCAUGCGUUUUCGAUACUCUGCCAUCGUCGCUAUCCACAGCCUCAGACACUACCACCGCUGAGGAUGGGUUGCGCGCUUGGAACGCCGGUGGUUUCCGACGACCGUCGCCGGGACAACACUGCGACUGCUGACGAAGGCAAUAAUGCUGCUAGGGUUCGGCAGAAGCAGAAGACUCCGCACGCCGGCGAACCUUCUGGCGUGAUUCCGGCGCCGGAGCGCCGAAUACCUCGCCUUGAACGAUUUACGGCAACCCCCCAGGGCUGGCCGCCGUGGUUGUUGGCCGUCGCCGGCGACGCAAUCCGAGAUUGGACUCCUCGCCGCGCCAACACGUUCGAGAAGCUUGCUAAGAUUGGGCAAGGGACUUAUAGCAAUGUGUAUAAAGCUAGGGACCUUGUUACUGGGAAGAUAGUGGCUUUGAAGAAAGUUAGAUUUGAUAAUUUGGAGGGAGAGAGUGUGAAGUUCAUGGCCAGAGAGAUUCUUGUUUUGAGGAAGCUUGAUCACCCCAAUGUUGUUAAGCUUGAGGGUUUGGUUACUUCUAGAAUAUCAUCAAGUCUUUACUUGGUAUUUGAUUACAUGGAGCAUGAUCUUGCUGGCCUUUCAGCUGGCCUAGCUGUCAAGUUCUCUGAGCCUCAGGCCAAAUGCUAUAUGAAGCAAUUGCUGUCUGGCCUUGAACAUUGCCACAGCCGAGGUGUUUUGCACCGUGAUAUUAAGGGUUCCAAUCUGCUUAUUGACAAUGAAGGAAUACUUAAAAUUGCAGAUUUUGGAUUGGCAACUUUCUAUGAUUCUAAGCAAAAGCAUCCCAUGACUAGUAGAGUUGUGACCCUAUGGUAUCGCCCCCCUGAGCUUCUUCUUGGGGCUACAUCCUAUGGUGUUGGCAUCGACCUUUGGAGUGCUGGCUGCAUCUUGGCAGAACUGCUUGCUGGAAAGCCAAUCAUGCCUGGACGAACAGAGGUUGAGCAGCUGCACAAAAUAUUUAAGUUAUGCGGCUCUCCAUCUGAGGCAUAUUGGAAAAAAUAUAGAUUGCCAAAUGCUACACUCUUUAAGCCACAGCAACCGUAUAAAAGAUGCAUCUUAGAAAUGUUCAAGGACUUCCCAUCUUCUUCAUUACCUCUAAUUGAAACUCUUCUUGCAAUAGAUCCUGAUGAUCGUGGCACUACCUCAGAUGCUAUAAAUAGUGAAUUCUUUACCACCGAGCCCUAUGCUUGUGAACCAUUGAGUUUACCAAAGUAUCCUCCCACCAAAGAAUUGGAUGUAAAAUUGAGAGACGAAGAAGCAAGAAGGCAGAAAGCUCUAAGUGGAAAAGGUAAUGCAGUAGAUGGUGCCAGAAGAGUUAGAGUACGUGAGCGUAGUUUGGCCAUUCCGGCCCCAGAAGCCAAUGCAGAGAUCCAAACGAACUUAGAUAGGUGGAGAGUUGUAAAUCAUGCAAAUGCAAAAAGCAAGAGUGAGAAAUUCCCACCUCCUCAUCAGGAUGGAGCUGUUGGAUAUCCAACGGAUGCAUCAAAUAACGGAGCUGUUUCUUUUGGAGCCACUGAAACUUCCUCUGGCUCAACCAUAUUUGAUUCAAAACCUUCUGGUUCUGUUGUGAGUCAUGCUGCCAGAGACAAAGGGAGGAAAACUAAUAAAGAAGAUUCCAAGAUGACCUCGUCAUGGAAAUUUAUGCGUGCAUUCAAGCUAUCAACAAAAACAAUUGGUCAUUCAUUUGAUUUAUUAUUUAGAAGCAAAUAGUCAGUUUCAUUUUUGCCAUGCAAUGUGGAUUUUAAUUUUUGUUUUCUCGACAUUGAUCCCAUUUUUUUUAUUUAUAUUUUUUUUAUAUUUCAUUUGACAUAAAAGUCUUUGCUGUAUAAUGUACUAAGGGGAUCGUCAUCAUUAGAUUUGUAUAUAUAUAGAGCAUCGAAUCCAGUACUGUACAUUUUUCUGG